AUGGAAGGGAAGAGACAAAGGGAAGAUGAAGAUAAUAAUGACUUUGAAGUUAAAAGACAUCAUAUAGAUCCAGCACAAGAAUUGAUUAAUAAUGUUUGUAAAGAUAUUAGAAGAUUAGGUGAAAAUUCUGUUUUAAAUUCGCAAAUUGAUGAUAUAAAUUAUAUUUCAAAUCCAAUUGUAGCAGAAUUUGAAAAAAUUGAUAAUUUAAGAAAUUCAAUAUUAUCUACUAUUUAUGCAUUAAUUAUUGAACAACCACAUAAGAUUAAUGCUUUAAGUAAUUUAAUUUUAAUUUGUAAUGCUAAAAAUUUCGUUGUUGCAAAAUAUGUAUUUGAAUAUUUACAUUCAAAAAUUCAAUCAUUAUUAGAUUCAGUUGUAAAUUUUAGUGAAAAAGAAAAUGCAGGUGUUUUUAAUGAUGUAAAAUCAAUAUUGAAAUUUUUGUCUACUUUAAUUCCAAUAACUGAAAAUUAUUCAAUUAUAAAUAUUUAUAAACAAUUAUUAAAUUUUGCAAUUGAUUUGCAGAAUCAAUAUGAGACAAGAAAUGGCUUAGCUCAAGAGAUAUAUUUCAAUACAUUAAUCUCAAUACCUUACUUAUUAAGUAAUGGGAAAGAAGAAGAAUUAGUCACUUUAAUCAAUGAAUUGAUUGAAAUUGCACAAAAUUUUAAAAUUGUUGACGAAAGUUCUAAAUUAUUACAGCCUUUUGAUUCAAGGUUAGGUAAUUUUGAAAUUCCAUAUACUCCAGUUCAAAUGAUAAAUUUAAUCCUACCAUCAUUGAACAAAUUACAAGAAAAGAAUUGGAAUUUGACUUUAUUUCUUGAUUUUAAACCAUUUAUCCAACCAAUUACAGAUGAUGCAUUAUCUAAUAAUACAAUCUCACAAGAAAUAAUUAAACAUAAUCUACCACAAUUGAAAUUACCAUCAUUUGAGGAAAUAAAUCAAUAUAAACCACCAGAAAAUUCAAUUGAUUCAUUAUGGUUAAACUAUCCAAGAUUAUUAUUUCAAGUAUAUAAUCAUAAUACUGAAUUUGAAACUGUUCCUGAGAUCAGUUCCUACUUAGGACUAUUUUUCAAAGAUAUUUCAUUUGAUAUUUUAACUAAUUUAUCAUUUAAUAAAAAUGAAGCAGCUUUACAAUUAUCAAUCUUGGAUAUUUUCUUUGAUAAAGCAUUAUUUUCACCACCAGGCACAUCAAUUGACCAACUUAAGUUAAUUCAUGAAGAUAAUGAAAAGGGAGAAAAUGAUCCAAAUUUAUCAACUUGGAAAAUUGAAGAUGUGGCUGUUGAAAGUAUAUUAACUAUGAUUUUCCAAUUACCGAAGAACCUACACGUUGAAAUUUAUUAUUAUACUGUUUUAAUUCAAUGUUGUAAAGAAUCUCCAGAAUCAAUUGCACCUGUAUUUGGAAGAGCUAUUAGAUUUUUUUAUAAUAACUUAGAAACAUUAGAUUAUGAAUUAAAACUAAAAUUUUUAGAUUGGAUGACUACACAAAUUUCAAAUUUUGAAUUUAGCUGGAAAUGGGAUGAAUGGGUAAAUGAUUCUGAAAAAUAUGCAAAUUUAAAAUUCCAUCCAAAGAAAAACUUUAUUAAAAAUUUAAUUGCAAAAGAGAUUAGAUUAAGUAAUAAAAAGAAAAUUAAGGAGUCCUUUGUUGAUUAUGUCGAUGGUGAAGUUGUUGAAUUUGAUGAAUUUAAUAAAUAUUUAAACAUUUCAUUAUUUCCAAAUGAAUGGGUUAUAAAUUAUGAUGUGGAUUUAUAUAAUGGACAUCGUGAAAAGAUUGAAGAAUUAUUUCAACAGAAACAGGUAUUCCUUGAAUCAAAAUCGAAUGUUUCUCAUCAAGAUGAAAUUUUUUAUAAUUUUACAAAUCCAGAUUUACCAUUUUCUGAAUUAGCUACAAAAGUUUAUGAAUUUAUAAUAGCUCAUUUUAAAACAAAUAUUGAAUUUCAACAAUUAUGUCAAGAUUUAACACAGGAGGUAUCUGAAAAAUUUUUAAUUAAUUUAAUAUUUCAAACUUAUUCAUAUAUUGGAUCAAGAUCUAUAUAUUCAGUUGUUUCCAUAUUAAGUAGAGAUGUAAUGAAAUUGAAAUAUUUAUCGGGUGCAAAUAUUGAUUAUUCACCAGAUGAACCACAAUUUGAAACUGAAUUAUCUUCAUCUGUUGAAGAUAGACAAAAUUGGAUAAUUGAAUCUAUUUUUAGAAUUUGGAAUCAUCAACCACAAGUUAUAUUUUUAGUAUUGGAGAAUUUAAUUGAAUUUGGAGUAUUGGAAAAGAAAUAUGUUAUUGAAAAAUGUUUGAAAUUAAAUUUAAUAAUUGAUAAUGUAUCCUGUAUGGAACUGAUAAAUAGAAUAUUAGAAAAUACAGAAGAUAGAAGUGAAAUUAUUAGAGAUGUAGUUACUAAUAUUAUAAAUAAUAUGAAUGAAUUAGAAUUAGGUGAAGAAUUGAUUAAAAUUGAAGGUGAUGAUGAAAUUGUAGAUAAGAAAUGGUUAUUUUAUGAAUAUCUUGGAUUAUUGAAAACAUAUUAUAGAAAAUAUACUGAUCCAAGUUUGAAAAGUAUAUUUGAAAUAUUAACUAAUAAAGUUGCAAAAGAAGAAAUCUUGCUGUGGUAG